AUGUUGCUUCCAUCUUUAACGUCGCUUCGUAGCAGUGCUUUCAGCCGGAAGUCCUUGCGGGCCCUGAGCAGUGGUUCGCGCUAUGGGUUGGCGACGAUCGCGACAGGAGCAGAAGGCUUCCGUAUACCAGUGAUUGACUUUGCAAAAUUCCGAACGGCGAAAUCACUGCCAGAAAAGAAGGCUACAGCAGACGAGAUUGUGACUGCAUUCAAGGAGAGCGGGUUCAUCUACUUGGCUGGUCAUGGCAUUCCAACUGCUACGAUCCAAGAUGUAUUUGCUAAGAGUGCUGGUUUCUUCAAAAUGCCAAUGGAAGCUAAGUCCAAACUGGCUUGGGAGGACCCUCGCUCAAACCGUGGCUACGUAGCCGUGGGUCGUGAACGCGUUACCCAGUCCGCUGACGCGGACGAAAUCGCCCAACUUCGAGCCAAAGCACCCGACUUUAAAGAGUCUAUGGAAAUUGGCAGAGAUUGGGACUCUACCUGGAAGAAUCAAUGGCCCCAAGAGUCAGAUGCUCCGCAAUUCAAACGCACGAUGCUCGAUUUCUAUCAAACGUGUCAUGACCUACACGUGCUAGUGAUGAGGUCUAUAGCGCUUGGACUUGACCUCGAGGAGUCUUAUUUCGACGCCAAAGUUUCUGACCAAUGUCACAAUUUGCGCCUGCUCUCGUACCCGCCAGUUACGCGAUCUGUCCUUGUCAAAGAGGGACAAGCCAGAGCAGGGGCUCACAGUGAGAUAGAUUAUGGUACCGUGACACUUCUCUUCCAAGAUUCGGUUGGGGGACUGGAAGUACAAAACCCGCAUAACCAAGUCUUCCAUGCCGCGCCUCCCAUUCCUGAUACUAUUGUCAUCAACGUCGGAGACCUGCUCUCCCGCUGGAGUAACGAUGUCCUCCGUUCGACUCUGCAUCGCGUUGUUGCGCCUCCUGCCAAAAAGAUCAGCGAGACUGAGACCAUCACCCCGGCUCGCCAAUCCAUCGCCUUCUUCUGCAACCCCAAUUUCAGCACCGAAGUAGCUUGCCUCCCCAACUGCGCCGGUGUAAACGGACAAGCCAAGUAUCCACCUAUCAAUACCGAGAAAUACAUUGUUGGCAGGCUCGCAGCGACAUAUCAUUGA